AUGGCUUGCAAGAGCAUUCAAAGUUGUUCUUCAUCUCAGAUGAGAAGUAAAUAUGAUGUGUUUGUGAGCUUUAGAGGUGACACACGCAACAACUUCACUGAUCAUCUCUUUGGUGCCUUCAAAAGAAGAGGCAUUGUUACCUUCAGGGAUGAUACAAAGCUCAAGAAAGGUGAACCCUUGGCACCUGAAUUGCUGCAAGCAAUUGAAGGGUCUCGGAUUCUGAUUGUGAUUUUCUCAAAGAACUAUGCUUCCUCAACAUGGUGCUUGCGAGAACUUGAGAAGAUCUUUGAUUGUAUUCAAGUCACAGGAAAACGUGUUUUUCCUAUUUUCUAUGAUGUUGAUCCAUCUGAGGUGCGCAAACAGAGUGGAGAUUUUAAGAAUGCCUUUGACAACCAUGAAGAAAGAUUCAAACAUGAUUCAUGCAAGAUGAUGGAAGUGCAAAGAUGGAGGGAAGCUCUCACACAAGUGGCCAAUCUCUCUGGUUGGGAUGUAAGAUACAAGCCACAAUAUGCAGAGAUUGAAAAUAUUGUGGAUGAGAUAAUAAGUACUUUGGAUCACAAAGUUUCGAGUCUUCCACCUGAUCUUGUUGGGAUGCAAUCUCCGGUAGAAGAAAUAGAGAAGCUUUUACUUUUGAGCUCAGUUGAUGAUGUUCAUGUUAUUGGAAUUUGCGGGAUGGGUGGAAUAGGAAAGACAACUCUUGCUACUGUUUUAUAUGACAGGAUUUCUCAUCAUUAUGAUGCUUUCUGUUUUAUUAGUGAUGUAAGCAAAAUUUAUAGAGAUCAUGGUCCAAUUGGUGUACAUAAGCAACUUCUACAUCAAACUCUACAUGAUGAAAACCUUCAGAUUUGUGAGCUUCCUAAGAUAACUAAUUUGAUACAAAGGAGGCUAUGCCAUGAAAGGGUUUUUAUAGUUUUUGACAAUGUUGAUCAAAUUGAACAACUGGAAGAAUUAGCUGCUAAUUGGGAAUGGUUAGGAGCAGGGAGUAAGGUCAUCAUAAUUUCUAGAGAUGACCAUAUCCUACGAAUGCUUAAAGCAUACGAAGUUUACAAUGUUCAACUCUUGAAUUGGGAUAACUCUCUUGAAUUAUUUUUGAAAAAAGCUUUUAGAUGUGAUGACAUUACAAGUGAUUACGAAGAGUUGACAUAUGAUAUCCUUGUUAAUUGCCUAACAAUCCUAAAACAUGCCAAUGGUCUGCCUUUGGCAAUUAAAGUGUUGGGCUCUUUUUUAUUUGGUCGAGAUAUUUCUGAGUGGAAAAGUGCAUUGUCUAGAUUGAGAGAAAAUCCAAGCAAAGAUAUCAUGAAUAUGCUGCGAUUAAGUUUUGAUGGACUAGAGGAAAUGGAGAAGGAAAUAUUUCUUGAUAUUGCUUGUUUUUUCAAUGGGAAUAAGGAGCAAUAUGUUAAGAAGGUUCUAAAUUGUUGUGGUUUUCAUCCUGAUAGUGGAAUAAGAGUUCUCAUUGAUAAAUCACUUAUUACCAUUUCAAACAAUUUGAUUGAAAUGCACGAUUUGCUGGAAGAGUUGGGAAGAAAAAUUGUUCAAGAAAAUUCGCCUAAAGAGCCACAAAAGUGGAGCAGGCUGUGGCUUGACAAAUGUUUCUACAAUGUUAUGUUGGAGAAUAUGGAAACAGAAUACGCUGAAGCCAUAGUUUUGCGUUGUGCAAAAGAAGGGGAAAUAUUGAUGGCUGAAACACUGUCAAAAAUGAGUCACCUUAGAUUGCUUGUAUUGAAUGAUAUGAGUUUUCAAGGAAAUCUCAAGAAUCUUUCCAAUGAAUUGAAGUAUCUAUUCUGGGACAAAUAUCCUUUCAUGUCUUUGCCAUCAAGUUUUCGGCCACACAACCUUGUUGAAUUAAUCCUACCCCACAGUGGCAUCAAACAAUUAUGGGAAGGCACAAAGCAACCUCUACAAAAUUUGAAAUGUAUGGAUCUCUCACACUCCACAAAUCUUAUCAAGAUGCCAUGCUUUGGAGAGGUACCAAAUCUCGAGUCACUAAUUCUUGAAGGAUGUACAAAACUUGAGAAGAUAGAUUCAUCCAUUGGUCUUCUAAAAAAACUUAUUCUCUUGAAUUUGAAAAACUGUAAGAGUCUAGCAUGUAUACCUAAAAGCAUACUGGACCUCUGUUCUCUUGAAUAUCUAAAUCUAUCUGGCUGUUCAAAGGAAUUAGAUAAAGGUUUCUUUUAUUGCUUGUUGCCUUCCUUGCGUUGUUUGAGAGACCUUGACAUUAGCUUUUGCAAUCUAAGCCAAAUCCCUCAUGGCAUUGGAUGCUUACAUUGUUUAGAAAGAUUAAACUUAGGAGGAAACGAUUUUGUUACACUACCUUGUAGCCUAAAGGAACUUUGCAAUCUUGUAUAUUUGAACCUAGAGCAUUGCAAACAGUUGAAGUGUUUGCCUGAGCUCCCUGUACACACUUGCUUGCCAAUAAGAAGAGAAGUUCCUUGGGGUAUAAGGCGACCAGGCUUAUAUAUUUUCAACUGCCCAAAAUUGGGUGAGAGGGAAAGAUGUUGUAGCAUGACCUUUUCAUGGAUGAGACAAAUGCUUCAGGUGAAUCAAGAAACCCUUGCCCCCUUUGAUGAUAUUGAUAUUAUUAUUCCUGGGUGUAAGAUACCAAGGUGGUUCAACAAUCAGACUGUGGGUAGUUCAAUAAGCAUAGAUCCAUCUCCCACUCUGCAUGACAAUAAUUGGAUUGGCAUUGCUUGCUGUGUAGUAUUUGCAGUUUAUCCAACUAAUUUGAGAAAUGAAUGUGAACCCUCUAUGAGGAUAGGUUUCCAGAAAAGGAGUGGCAAGUUUACCACAAUUCCAGUAACUCUCAAUAGAGAUCUGAUCUCGUUUGAACUAGAUCACAUAUGGAUAUUCUAUUUCACUAGGGAAGAAUUCAUUGAUAUUAUGAGUCAUAUGAGUGGCAAAACUGAAGAAUCACAUGAUUUUGAUGGUAUCAAAUUGACAACAGUAAUCAGGCAUGGGCAAGGUUUGUAUUUGGAGGUGAAAAGUUGUGGGUAUCGUUGGUUAUUUAAAUAGGGUCUCUAACUACUGAAUUUAACAAUGAUGCCUCAUGGUUCAAAAGUGAAAUAAAUGACACCUCUUUUCCCUUCAUAGUCUGAUCUUAAAGAAAGAAGAAAGCAACGAGAAGGCAAGGAAUUAUUUCUGUGAAGAUUGAAAAAAAAUAUUUUGGGAUGGGUGAUGAUGCACUUCUUUGUUUAAGUGCAGGAAACUAGUCAGAGUAAAUUCCUCUUGUUUGUUGGAAUAAGGUUUGCUCCAAAGGAAAUUGAUCAAUGUUGAAUGAUUUUGCUGAGAUAGGUGCCAAUGAUUUCACUGUCAAUUUUCUGGUUGAAUAUGAUUUCACCGCUAAUUCCACCUCAACUGAUCAUGUACAUAGAGAUUGAUUUGUCAACUUAGGGAAAUAUAUGUCUGUUCAUUUAAGAUUACAGCAAACCUCGUUGAAGAAGGUCUUGAAAGAAACCAAGUGCCAGCAGCAGAACUGUAUUGGACAAAGGGGUUGGAUAAAAAGGUGCAACAAGAGGAAUAUGUCAAAUUCAAUGUUGUUGUGAAGGUUGUGGUACCACAAGGGGUUGACAACCUAAAACCCCUGACAUUAUCAAAAAGAAAAUCUUCUCAGAUGGGGAAUAAAUUCUCUCAUGUGGAAUUUUCACUUAGAUUCUCUUCGGUAAAAAUAUUUACCAUUAAAAUUUCAUACUUUUGUCUCUCUUAUCUUUAAUUAAGGGUUGAGAUUUUACUGGACACAAUAGUGUCAGAUAAGAGGAUCCAAACCCUCUCAAGUGUGAUAACAUCUUAUGUGGAAGUCACUGAAAAUAAGUCAGGGAAAGAACAUAGGUGGAAGUGAGUUUAUGCACCCCUCUUCAGGGUUCCAGAUUCAUCCAUCAAGGCAAGAGUCUUGGAAUUUUUCAUGGAACUAGAGUCUAGCAGUGAUGUUCCAUUCUGUGACCAGAUCAACAUUGAUCCAAGGUUUUCAGAUGCAAUGAAAUUCAAAGGUUGUAGAGAAAUUUAGAGGCACUAUGCUGAUUAUCUAGGACCGUUGUUUGUGGGGAAAAAUUGAGAUUUGAGAGGCAUCUAAGGGUGGAAAUGAUAUCAAUUCAUUAAUUGGGUGCAACUGAAAUUAAAUGAAAAGUUCAUUGCCAUUAAAUAAGUACUGGUUGAAAUGUUAUGGCAAAUACCAUUUGGUCUCAAUGUCUCAAGUCAUUUAUGAAGG